AUGCUUCAGGUGUUUAUGAUUAGGCUUAGUUGCCAAAGUUGUCUGGAUUCUCCUGUUCUUCUUUCCUAGUUGACGCUCCUCCACGAUUACUUUCAAGAGCGUUUAUGCAAAUCUAUAACUCAAGUUGAGGAUAUGGAGGAUUGUCUUGAAGAUUCUCCAUUUUUUUCAGUGUUUCUCAUGGAGAAGAGGACAGUAAUGGUAUGCCUUUUUGCAAUUUACAGAGACAGGCUGUUCACCUUUUUCCUGAGGUGUUCCAUCAGUUUGAUAAACCUCAAAGAAGACACUGAAAUGCAUUGUGCUUGCUCUUCAAGUCCAUGCUUGGUUCUGAAGCAAUUCCAGAUUGGGCUUGCUACCGUAGAAAGAAAGGAUGAUAUAUUAUUCAGAUUGCUCCUUCAAUUGCUUUCCUUGCCAUCUUAUGAAGGGAAACGGAUCCACAAAGAAAUAUGGAAAUUUGAGGAAGUCAACGAAGGUACUCUUUUUCACGUUUUAAAUACUUUGAAUCCUAUGCACCUAUUUCAUCUGUUCCUUGCAGAGUUGCACUAUAAUCAUCAGGUGCUUCUUGAUUACCUUAUUUCAAAAGAUACAGGAAUUAGUUGUGCAGAAUAUCUCUUAGGGGUUACAUCUGUUAAGCUUGGUAGAUGGUUCUCAUUCCUUGAUCUUAGAUUGGUGGCAUGUGGGAUAUCUGAGAGGUGCCUCCCAAUCUGUGGGUGGCAAUUGCGCAUUAAACAUGGUCAGAAAAGAGUGCAGCAUGUCAAGUAUGCUUAAUUUCAUAGGAUGGCAUUGGAGAAGAGCUCAGUUUCUUAGCUUCUAUUUGUAUUUGACCUCGAUGUAACUACAGUAUGUUUGUUAAUGUCAUUGUUAAUUUGCCAAUUGCCAUUUUCUUUAUAAAUGCCGAUGUGUGGU